AUGCCUCCAGAUCAACCCCCCCUCAACUGCGCCUACAACCGCGACGAUGUCGUCGCCGGCCUCAAGCAAUAUUACUCGGCCCUCACGCGCCUGGCCUACAUUCCAUCAUCAUACGUCGACUUCCCCCCGCCAGGAGGCUGGACAGAUGCCGACCUCGAUAUCGGCGCCCUGCGGGCUCUGCGACGCUCCGAGGUCGUUAUCGACCUGCUGCGCCAUCUCCCCUACGCCAGACCGAUGCACGACGGACCUCGUCCGGGCCCCUGGAACGUCGCACCACAAACCAAGGCUGUGCGCUACCUCCGUCACGAGGGACACUUCAGCCAGUGGUCCGAUCGCGGCGACGCGGGGCUUCAUGAGCUCGCUGCCCUUCCCACGCGCGAUACGGGAGCCGCACCAAUGGAUUUGCCGCCGGACGUUAUUUGUCUCACUUCGCGCACGAAGCCUUAUUGGUGGAUUGUAGACUGCAGCCGAGGUAUUCUCACGCCAUACGAGGAGAAUCUCUACACCGUUGGAAAGGUCCCGCGUAACAAGCCGUGGCGGUGUGUACGGUCGUACUCUGUUACGGACUACUUCUCUCAGCUCGUGUCAAGCCUAGGCGUCCAGUUGUUCCCCGUGCCGCCGACUGAGGACGUCGAUGCCGAGAUCCUCGACCCGAGCGCUCUCGCCAAGUCGUCGGAGCCGGUGGACAUCUACCGCGCCCACGGCUGGGGCACUGGCGAUCUUGCAGACUUCAAGCACGACGAAUGCAUCGUCGCACUCCAGGGCUGGCGGCGCCGGGUGCACGAGGCAGAGCAGAGAAAGAUCGCUCAGGACGUAGAUGACGCAGACGAUGAGGACUUCGAGAUGGACGACAGUGAUGACGACGAGGAUGCGGCACACGAAGGAGAAGCUGGCGAUGGACUAGCUGAUGCUGUGGCGGAUAUGGAGAUGGAUGACUUGAGUGCCGAAGCUGCUGCUCUUAGAGCUGACAUGAGCCCGGAGGAACGCGCCAAGUUUGAUUGCAGACAGACGCAGUCGCACUUUGAGUGGAUUGACGAGGAAUGA